AUGAUCGUACGGACAUACGCCCGGAGGACCCGCUGCGGCGUCGGCCGGAGCUUAUCCGAGCCCAUCCUCCUCGACGGCGACUCCUCUUCCUCCGGCGGCGGUGGAGGCGGGGGAGCGGAUUCCUCCCCCUGGUCCCUCGACCCCGCCGACCCCUGCACCGCCCCGAUCCGCCCCGACCCCCACGACCCCACCCUCCUCCUCCUCGGCGACUCCUCCGAUGGGCCGCGGAAUCCGGGAAAGAGGCAGAGGAAUUUGGAGCGGGAGGUCAAGAAUCCUCCGACUAGGUUUGCGGCCGUGGCGGCGGCGACGGCGACGCUGAUGGAGGCGCAGGAGUUCGGGGAGAUGAUGGAACACAUGGACGAGGUGAAUUUUGCGCUGGAUGGGCUGCGGCCAGGGCAGCCGGCGCGGAUCCGGCGGGCAAGCCUGCUGUCGUUGCUGUCGAUAUGCGGGACGGCGCAACAGCGCCGACUUCUUCGGGCUCAGGGAAUGGCCCAGAGAAUAGUUGAUGCCAUUUUGCAUAUCAACUUUGAUGAUUCUCCAAGCACCGUUGCUGCUGCUGCUCUAAUCUAUGUGUUGGCGAGUGAUGCUCAGGAUGACCAUUUGCUGGAUUCACCAUCUUGUAUUCACUUUCUUAUUAAGUUAUUGAAUCCACCUGUGGCUAAUAACGUGGAGGACAAGAUAGCAACCAUUGGCUCUAAGAUUCUUGGGAUACGUAAACCUCACAUACAGAGUGGGAUGAAUAAGGGAACAGACUCUAGCUCUACAGCAAUCAUUUCAAAAGUUCAGGAGAUUCUUUUAAGUUGUAAAGAGAUAAAAUCAAGCAAUGGGGAUGAUGAGGGAGCAGAGAGGCCAGAGCUGAGUUCAAAAUGGAUAGCUUUAUUGACUAUGGAGAAAGCAUGCUUAUCUACUGUAUCAUUUGAAGACGCAUCUGACAUGGUAAGAAGGGUUGGAGGAAAUUUUAAGGAGCGAUUGAGAGAGCUUGGAGGACUGGAUCCAAUCUUUGAUGUUUUGGCCAGCUGCCAUUCCACCAUGGAGGUGUGCUUAAAACACAAGUCGCCCUCGUUGUUAGAAUUAAAAGAUGGAUCAGCUUUGCAAAGUGUGGUACUGAUGUUGAAAUGUCUGAAGAUCAUGGAGAAUGCCACAUUUUUAAGUAAGGACAAUCAGGACCACUUGCUUGGGAUGGAAAGAAAGUUGGAUUCUGAAAGACUUCCCCUGUCUUUUGUUGGGCUCGUUAUCUGUGUGAUUAAAUCUUUUUCAGAGCUUUCUCUGCUCCAAAAUUCUUCCAGCAUUUCCAACAAAGGGAAAUCAAACUUAUCUGAAGUUCAGAUGAAUGAUAACCGGAGAGACAGGGGAGAUCGGACUUUGACUAGUGAUUGUGCUGGGUGUUCUGGCAUGGACAAGAACUUUAAUGGAAGGAGCAUUUAUAAACGUCAAAAAUUGUCAUCUUCCCAGUCCAAAGAAGCCCUUCCUGGUUCAGAAACAACUAGUGCAUCUGGUUCUGAUGAGUUAACCAUAAAGAGAACUGAUUGUACUUCAUCUGGUUCAUGUAAUGGGGCAUCAAGUACUUCAUCUAGAGAUAGCUACACAAAUGGUAAUAGUUUAAAGCUGAACAUGCAUGGUAACGGUUUAAAGGUGAAUUCCAUUAAAGGUUCAAAGGGAUGGAUCUCCAUAAAUCCUAAUGGUUUGAAAAAGAAUUCAAGUGACUUGUCCAAAAGGCGUCAUAUGUCUGAAGAUGUUAAAGGUGAUUGUAAGAUGGACAGCUUUGAUCCAUUUGCGUUUGACGAAGGGGACUUGGAACCAUCAAAGUGGGAGUUGUUAAAAAAGAAGAAAGAAACAUCUCACACACACCAAAUGGUUGUAACAAAUGGUGAACUUACAGAUGGAUACAAUCUUCCAAAUGUUACCACGGAUGAUGUAUUAAGUCGGUUAACUGAUGAGCAAAAUUAUCAUCCUUGUGAAAAUUCUUGUCCAUCAGUAAUUGAAGAAGAUUCUAACCUUCUGGAAGACUGCCUCCUCACUUCAGUAAAGGUUCUUAUGAACUUAACAAAUGACAACCCUGUGGGCUGUCAGCAAAUUGCUGCUUGUGGUGGGCUGGACACCAUGGCUUAUUUGAUCAUUAGCCAUUUUCCAUCAUUUGACUUGUGCUUCCCUAUGAACAGCCAAGUGAAAGAGAAUAAUUUCUCUUCCAAACUAGGUAUUGAUGCUGGUCAUCCUAACAACAGACAUUUAAGUGACCAUGAAUUGGAUUUUCUGGUUGCUAUUUUGGGUUUGCUUGUGAACCUUGUGGAGAAGGACAGUCGAAACAGAUUGCGCCUUGCAUGUGCCCGUGUUUCAGUGGAUCAACCAGGAAAAUUAGAAAGCAGAGAAAUUCACAGGGAUGUAAUAUCAUUAUUGUGUUCCAUAUUUCUGGCCAAUCAAGGAGCGGGGGAUGCUGCUGGAGAAGGAAAAUCUAAUCUUUGUGAUGAUGAAGAUUCUUUGUUGCAAGGAGAGCGAGAGGCUGAAAUGAUGAUCAUUGAGGCUUAUGCUGCUCUGCUGCUUGCAUUUCUGUCAAUAGAGAGUACCAAGGUGCGUGAAGCCAUUGCCAGCUGCCUCCCUAAUCACAACUUGCAAGUUUUAGUACCUGUUUUGGAAAGAUUUGUGGCAUUUCAUCUGACACUAAACAUGAUAUCACCGGAAACACAUUCGGCUGUUGUCAAAGUAAUUGAAACUUGUAAAGCACCUUAGAGAAUGCAGAGAUCCUGUACAGUGCUAUUGAUCUCUCGCUCGACCUGGAAUUUCUUUUCGGUAAUGAUGCUUUGAGGAAAUGGGGUUGGGUUGGCUGCACAACCUCGGGGACUAGCAAAGAUCUGUAUUCUAAUUUGUUUGACCAGUUUCUUUUUUUUUUCCCCUACAUUAUUUCCAUCCCCUGUUUGGGUUACGGUGCAUUCCAUCUCCAUGCCCAGACCAGUGAAUGUACGAUGGUAGUAUAGGCAAGUGCAGUGUUCGUGCUUGGGUUCCUGUCGAAAUUGAAUCAAAUGAAUUUGUUGGCAGAUGUAGCUUUGAGUUAAAUGUUAUUCAACACUUCUUUGGUUUCCCUCUACGGUUGCCAGCAAAGGUAAUUCUAAAAUCUAUAUUCAGCAGAGUAUAAUUUUACAUCAAAA